AAUUGAAGGAAAGAUGGCGGCUGGACCCGGAGCGGCCAGUAGUGGUCACGGCGGUGGCCGCGGCUCUUCGGCUGCUUUGGAGUCGUCUCUAGACCGCCGAUUUCAAGGAGUAACCAACACGAUGGAGUCCAUACAGGGAUUAUCCUCGUGGUGCAUCGAGAAUAAGAAACAUCACAGCGUCAUAGUGCGCUACUGGAUGAAGUGGCUGAAGAAAUCGGACGCCAGUCACAGGCUGAAUCUCUUCUACCUUGCUAAUGAUGUCAUUCAGAACUGCAAGAGGAAAAACGCCAUCAUUUACAGAACCACCUUCGCUGACGUUCUGCCAGACGCCGCCCUGUUGGUCAAGGAUGCUAAAGUGUGUAAGUCAGUGGACAGGAUCUUCAGCAUUUGGCAGGAGAGGAACGUUUAUCCUGAGGAGUUGAUCUCUGAGCUGAAGACCAGCCUGCAGAAGAAGGAGAAAGAGAGAGAAAAGGAAAAAGAGAAAGUAAAGGAGAAAGAGCAGCCUUCUCCUGCUCCAGUGAACCCCAAAACUGCCUUGAAAUCAAAAAUUGUUGCAGAGUUUGUUCCGCAUGACUUUAUAGAGCAUUUAGCAUUAUACAAGCGUUCACUGGAGGAGAGUGAUUUGAGAGAGAAACAGUUAGCUGCUCUCCGAGUGGACGUCUGCAGCACCGAGGCCCUGAAGAGACUGAAAGAUAAAGCUGGAGGCAACAAGUUCUCAAAAGACUUUGAGGAGGGAGGUUCAAAACUACAAGAAUUUGUGACAUUCCUUGAGGGUCAGGUGAAGGCAGGACCCUCGCUGCAGGAUGCUUUGGGAAACGCAGACAUCUUUUAUGAAAUGCAGUAUAAAGAAGUUAAAAUUGUUGCCAAUGCUUAUAAGGCUUUCGGCAAUCGUGUUUCUGGUCUGAAGCGUAAACUGGAUGCUCUAAAGGCCACUCUGCCCAGUCUGGAUGACUCUCCCAUCCCAUCUCCCUCUGAGGACGCCCCCUCUCCUACCGGCUCUGAGUCGCCUUUCCACGGCUUGAGCUCCAGGAUCAGCGCGGGUCCCGGGGUCAGAGACAGAGAAAGAGGGUUGGAGCAGCAGAAAGACAAUAGAGACAUUGAGGACAUGGACAUGUCUGAGGAGGAGGAAACAACAGCAAACACUAGUAUCAUUGUUGAUGGGAGGAAGGAGAAAUUGUCCAAGACAAAUGCAGCAGCCACAAAAAGCUCUCCAGUCACCACUUCCAAACCACCACAAACUUUGGCAACUCCAACAAAGACAGUAUCUGGGUCUGUAACCAAUCAGACAUCCCCUGCAAAUACCACACCCAACACACCUGGGCCUGCCCCUGUGGUUAGCCCCUCCCCCCUGCAGGUAAACCUGGCCAACGUGGAUCUGGGCAAGAUCAGCUCCAUUCUGAGCUCCCUCUCCAACGCAAUGAAGACAACAGGUGUCAGUCCUGUGUCUCGUCCUUCCCCUGGUACACCCACUACACCAUCCAGCCAUGCAUCAUCCUCAAAAGCUCCUUCAGCCCCUGGUGGCGUUCCCUCAUCCAACCCUCUGGCCAGCAUCCUGUCCAAAGUGGACAUCUCACCCGGGAACAUCUUGAAUGUUCUAGCUAAAUCACAGACUCACAGCUCCAACCGGCAGGGUUUAUCUUCUCUCCUUUCCUCAGCUCGUUCUGGCUCUCUCAGCACUACAGACGCCCUCCCCUCUUCAUCCACAUCCUCUUCAUCCACUUCAACUGUUGCUCCAACAGUGACCUCCCCCAUAACCACCCCAACAACACCGAAGCCCAUGAGCAACAAUUUCAAGCGAGAGUCUGAGCAAGAGAAAGGUAAAGAGUGGGAGAAGAUGAAAGAAAAGGAACGCGAAAAAGAAAGGAAAGAAAAGGAGGCACAAAGUGCAAGAGAGGCUGCUGUUUCUGCUCCAGCAGUGCCCAGCUUGGAGUCUAAGAUCAACAGUUUCCUUCAGGGAAAUCCUGGUUUUGGCGCACUUGGGCUUGGCCUGGAUGAUGUGGGAAGCAAUAGCCCACUUCUUGUCGGUGGGGAUAACCUGGAUGGCACCCCUGUCCGAGAUGAAAGCGGUAGCACCCCUACCCAGGAUGAAAUCAUGGACACACCCCAUGUCCUCAGUGACCCUCAAAGUGCAGGGUUACCUGGAGAUCAAAAUCUUUCACCUACAGCAUAUCACAAUGAUCCCUGGGAUGCUGUUAUCACUCCACGAGAGAAUGAGCGGAAAGACAGAGAUUACCGCACACCACCAUCCUCCAGACUUGCCAUCUUCAGCCCAAAUGCUGCUAAACCAGUUAAGGCCAUGACCAAAACCAAAGAAGAAGUGCUGAAGAGAAAAAUAGUAGGACAGAACGUUACAUCAGCUUCCACGAUGCAAGAUCAGAAAAUAAAGGGAAAGACGGACGGUUCUAGUGGGAAAAGUGCAGCUUCCCGCAAACCAAGUGGUGGUGAGGAUGGGAUGGAGACGAAAACCUCUGCUAAUAAUGGAGAGCCCUACCAUCGCAUUGAGACUCUUGUUUCUUCAACCUCCAAUGAGGGGGCGCCAAUCGAGACCCUCGAUUAUGGCAACCGCAUCCAAACGGUGGAAAGCAUUCGCGUGACUGGAAGAGGCUUGAGGAGAGGGAGCAGUUCUGGUGCUAGAGUGGGUGGAGCCUGGUAUGAAGAGGAGGAGUUUAUGGAAGCACCACCUCCACACCAAUCUGACAGCCAUGGCUCUGAGAAUUCAGAGAAGUUAAGAUUGGCCCCUCCUCUUCCUCCCCAUCCACCUCCUCCAACUCAUCUUCCACCUUCGCUGCAGUACCCACCUCCGCCGUAUGCUAAUGAAGACCCUAUCCGACCUCCUCUUACUCAUGCCAUUCAUCAGCACCACCCUCCAUUCUUUUCCUCCCCUUCCAUUCCUCUAAUUCCACCACCCCCACCACCACCCAUCCCACAAGCCCCACCCCCUCCCAGAGACUUCCCCCUCUCCCCAACCUCCACCGUCAUGGUUGGUGGCAUCCUUGUACCCAUAGAUCGUGUUCUACCUUUUCCACCCCAUAAUCUCCGUCAAGAAGGAAUGGAGCGUGGGGUUGGCAGUAGUGGUAGUGUCCUUUCAAGGGGCAACAAGUCCCAACUCUCUUCCUUACUAGGUGAACCCCCUCGGCCAGGUACAGUAAAAGAGCAGUUUUCCCUGCACCACGCCCCACCUCUUCAUCGCCCUGGAACCCCUGGAGUUCCCCCACCACUCCUGGGCAGAAUUCGAGAGGGCCCCACCCCACCGUCACCCUCUACCCCAACCACACCUACUCUUCCCUCUCCAGCUGGAGAACCACGCCCACUCCUGUCUAUCCCCAGCCGCCAAUCUGUCAACACCCCAAAUCAAAGACCCCGCCGCCCGUCCUCUCCUCAGCCCUUUCUGCACUUCCCAAACCAGCAUCGCACGUUUCGGUCUCCUCACUUUUCCAGAGGGACACCAUCUUCCCUUAAUCGGGAUUCCCUACAGCCAGGUGCGAAGCGCCCUGCUGCCGGUUUCGGUGGAGGCCCUUUUAACACACCCAAAAGACCAUUCAUGCCCCCUCGUUAUUAGUGGCUUAGAAUGAGUGCUAAACACUCUACACAACCUGCCAUAGGUAGUGCAGUACAAGCUAGCAUCACCUGCGGAUUGCAGAGUGAGACUUAUACCGCAUGUACGUAGAAAUGAGCCAAUACGCCAAGCCCGAGAGCAGCCACAUGUUACAGCACUUCCCCUGUAAGAGGAAGAAACGUUUUCAAGUAGUCUAGGAAUGAACUAGGAGGAGAAUACGAAGAUCCAGAAACAUCUGUGGAAUAUGAAGGAAAUCAAAAGCUGCAGCCAUCUGCCAGCCUUGCAGAACGGUUACGGCUUUUCAAGUCUUUAUGUGAGCGACAUGUGGCAAUAACUGAAGCUGGUUCCAGAGAUCCCACAGCACCUGGCCAAAAUG